UUCCAGGCUGGGAGGGACUUUUGCAAUCAUUUAAUCUGAUUUAUUUACUGCCUAUCACAGGCUGGAGACUUAAAACAUGGGCUUUGUGAUCAGAAAAGGCAAGAAAGGCUCUGACACCAGGAGCCAGCCUUUCAAGCUCGUGACUUAAAUGCAGGUGUACUAUGUACAGAAGGAGACACUGCGUCAGGCUUGUCAGUCAGCAGAGAGCACAAUCCACACAGUGAUGCAAAUUCCUCAGUCAUCAAAUCUGUAUGAGGAACAAAGAAAAAAAGUACUUUAAAACCUCAUUAGUUAAUUAUCGUCACUGCAGAUGGUGCCCAGCUGUAAGCUGCUCAUCUUAAUCCCAUUCCAAGUGGCUACCCUGGGCAGAAGAGUACAUUUGCUUCUUUUAUCUGGAGAAGUGGUUGAGCAUGGGAGCACACGGUGGUGGGGAAAGCUGCAAGAAGAGGAGAGAUGUAAAGAUUUAGGAAGGAAGGUGGGGACCAUUCCCCUGUGCAGGCAGUGACCAGAAGAGUUCCAUCUUUCAUUUGCAGGGUUGAGAAAAAUAAAGAAGGGAGAUUUCGCUGCCUGGCUUUUGAUCUCAGCUGUGAGUGCUCAAGGGAGGCCUGACCUGGGAUGGAUUAUUGACUUGAGCAAAGCUAUGUACCUGGAUUACUUUUGCUGUGCUACCAUUAAGCAAGAGGGAUGACUCAGAUACCUGCUGACUACCUGUCAACCACCAGCUCCUACAACUAUGAGCAGCCCCUUACCUCUGUGGCUCGGACAAGCACUGUCACCAAGGUACUUCCAGCCAAAAAAAUAACCUUCUUCAAGAGUGGAGAUCCUCAGUUUGCAGGAGUCAAGAUGGCCAUCAACCAGCGAAGUUUCAAGAGCUUCAAUGCACUCAUGGAUGACCUCUCUCAUCGGGUCCCACUGCCAUUUGGGGUACGGACCAUCACCACCCCACGGGGAAUACAUUGCAUCAGUGAGCUGGACCAGCUAGAGGAUGGAGGAUGUUACCUUUGCUCCGACAAGAAAUAUGUCAAGCCUAUUAGCAUUACUUCUGGGGGACACAGGCCAGGCCCUCCACGAAGCGGUCGUCCCUCCAGUACCUUGAGAAGAGCAGCUCAGGAGGGCAAGUUUGAAGAUUAUUCCACACCUUUCACUCAGCAUGGCCCCAGAAUACCAAAGAAGAUCACACUAGUUAAAAAUGGAGAAAGUGGUUUUCGUCGAUCAAUCAUCUUGAACCGCAGAAAUGCCAGGAGUUUCAAAACACUCCUGGAUGAGAUUUCUGAGAUCCUGCAGUUCCCAGUGAAGAAGCUCUACACUGUUGAUGGGAAGAAGAUUGACAGCAUGCAGGCUCUGCUUCACUGCCCCAAUGUGCUGGUGUGCGUCGGUCGGGAGCCAUUUAAACCUGUACUGAUGGAGAAUUUGAGGAAACACUCAGUGGAGAAGCUGCCAAACCUGGCUCCCCGUUCCAAUGGCAACAAUGUCAAAGAAAACAAUGAAAGUAAGAAAAACGCUAGGGCAUAUUGCACAGUCGUCUCCAGGCCUGUGUCCCACAACAUGGAGAUUACAGGCACCUAUUGUACUGCCCCAAUGUGCAGAUUUCAUGUGGAAAAUGUACUUCCCUCUCUCUGCCUCCCAGGCCUUUCCAUCCUCCCCUUCUUUUUCUCUGGUUUCCUUCUAGGAUUUCCUCCCUACACCCUCCAGUCUUUCUUUUACAUGCUACCCAUUUGCUUGCAUUCAAAACCUGGGGACCUGGUCCAUUCCUUGGUCAAUGAUGACAUAGAAAAACGGGUACAUGUGAACAAGGAUGGUAGCUUGUCUGUUGAGAUGAAAGUCCGCUUCCGCUUGCUAAAUGAUGAGACUUUGCAGUGGUCCACCCAGAUCAAAAAGUCCAAUCUGAUGAACCAGAUGCCUUGUGAAGAGUCAGGUGUAGGGGAGGACAAUGGAGUACACCCCAUAGAGAAAAUGAACCCAGAAGCCAGCUCAGAGGCAGAUGAGUCAUUAUAUCCCUGUGAUAUUGAUUCUUACAUGUCAAAACUUGAAGAAUCAGAAUGUGAUGAGACUCAUUGUCAUAGCUGUGGAAAGAAACACCAGGACUAUGACAUUUGGAAAAACCCCAUGCACACAUCCCAGAGGGGAGAGCCCGGUGUACGAAACACCUGGCACACACGGUCAUCAUGCUCCAGCACAUCUUCCCGAAGGAGAGUAGUCCACAAAAAAAUGGCUUCUGUGGAUAGCUUCCGCACCACAUCCAGUGAGGAAUUCUCUGAGCACAUUGUGCAAGAGUCCUCAUCCUACUCAGAGACUAUAGAGAACAGAGUAGCAUACCGAUCCAUUAAAAAGUGCAUGUGUCGAAGUGAUUUGUCAACAGGUGCUUCCAAUGGAGAAGACCAGCAAGAAUACACUCGAGCAAGCACGAGCAAUAGUCAGAGACCUUCAUCCUUGGGUUUAAUGUCACAUUCAAGCUGUGAAAACAACCUGGAUACUCAAGAAACCCCUGAAGACCAUGAGGCCAGCAAAACCAAUUCACAAAAUGAAGAUGAAACUUGUUUUGAAGUCUCCUCUGUGAAAUGCUUAAAGGAUGAUGGGGAAGAGAUUGAAAGCAGCAGAGUUGGGAGUGCCAUGUCAAGGUCAUCUCUGCAAUCCAGAAAGAGCAAGAAUGUAUGUGACGAAACAAGUAGCGUGGAUAGGAGCAUGUCCUCCUCAAGCCUUCAGAAGGCAAAUCAAGACAAUAACACUAGGUCUUCGACUCCUGCCAAUAGUGUGCACAGCAAGUCUAGUAAUUGUACUGCACCAAGAGCAAAGAGUGAGCAGGAUGACCAUUCUGAUGACAACGCAGUGAUCUCCUCCUUCUCCAGUGAGUCCAACACAAAGAAAGAGGCUGAAGAGGUUGAAGCAGAGCAAGAAGAAAAUGAAAUCAAUGAAGUCAGCUCAGUGUCAGCAAAAUCAAAGCCCAGUCAAUUGAUUAGAGAUGAAAGCAGUGAAGGGAAGCCGAACAGCAAAAAAAUUCGUUCAACCAUGUUCAAGAAUUCCUCCAUUAGCAGCAUAGGUACUGCGUCAGUGAUGACCCCACGAAAAGAGCAGAAAGAAAUCAUUGAUUCCUCCAAAGCAACUUCCUAUGGGUCUAAAUCAGCUGCAGCUGAAAUAGAUGAUGAGAAGAGUAAAGAGGUUGAUGGUUCUUGCAAUAAAAAAGUGGAGGAAGAGUUAGAAGGCAUGGACAUGCAGGAGGAAGGGAGUGAAUUAGUGCCAUCUACUCUACCAAAUACAUCUCCAGAAGAGGUUGUGCAAGAAUGGCUAAGUAAAAUCCCUUCAGAAACAUUGCUUAUGAAAUAUGAAAUGGAGGAUAAUGUAGAAGAGGAAUGUAUGGAGGCAACCACUGAGGUAUCAUACUGUACAAAUGCUGAGGAAAUCUCAGAGGAUGAAAAAGCUGAGAAAAAGGAGGAGGCUGAAAAGGAGGCAAAGGAUGAAGUAGGAAAAGAGGCAGCAGAAGGUACAGCUAUUAAUGAAGAGGCUGAAGGAUGCAUGAAUCAGGAAAAAAUCUCUGAGGUUGUGUCUGAAGCUGACAAAGCUGACCAGGCAGAAUGCAGCCAGUCAGCUACAUCCCAACAAAAUAGCAACAGAAGAGACCUGCCAACCACUGUCCAGACUUCAGUCCAGAUCAUGAAGGCCUUGCUUAGUUCAAAACAUGAAACAAAAUUUGACCGAUCAAACAGUUUGCCUGAAGUGUCCCCUACUAUGGGGAGGAAACUGAGUAACUCUGCCAGUAUUCUGAUUACUUGUCUUGCCAGUCUCCAGCUCCUUGACGAAGAGUCAGAAGGUCCAUCAGAUAAAUCAAAAUGUUUGAAUAAGCCAAGGUAUAUGGAGCUCCUAAAUGUUUUUCAAGCCCUGUGGUUUGGAUGCAUACCUGAAAAAAGUGGCCCAAGUUCAGAUCAAGAAGUGUGUGAACAGGCAAAGACAGCCUCUGGGUUUAAAGCCCCCAGAUCUGUAGAUUAUGACUUCACUCCCAUGUCCUCUUCUGGGGUUGAUGUUAACAGUGGUUCUGGUGGCUCAGUGGAAGAGAAUACAGCUGGUGUCAGAGACUGCACUUCGGGGGCACAGAAAACUGCUGAAUUCAAAUCAUCUGGACAAGUGGAAAAUGUAGAGACUGGCACUGAACUGACCGAGGCUGAGGAGCAAAAUAAAAAGGAAGAGCAGUCAUCCCGACCUUCAACAGCCUGCUCAAAAUCAAAGGCUGAGGAAAAAGCACAGUCUACUAGAGAGAACUCUGUAAUUCAAGAGGCAGAAGAGAAUAAGGAGGACCAGUGCAGUAACUGUGAACAUGGUCAGGAGGAAGAGGGAGAAGAUGAAGACAAAGAAAACAUCAAAUUAACUGAAAAUGGAGAACAAGAAGAAGCUGAAGUUGUGAAUGAUGAACUCUCAAAAGAAAAUCUUGAAGAAGAAGCUGAUCAGCUAGCUGCUACUGAUGAUACAAAUGUCAAUGAUGCUGACUGUGGAACAGAGCUGAAAGACGAUUCGGAAGAGCAGCUUGAGAAAGAGUCUCCAAGCGACCCAGAACCCAAAGUUGAUACAGCCACCAGUGUGGGCACAUCCUUUGUUCAGCAAAACUCAAUGGAUCCAGACCCAGUUUGGGUCCUGAAACUACUCAAGAAAAUUGAGAAGGAGUUCAUGGCUCACUAUGUCAGUGCCAUGAAUGAGUUCAAAGUCAGGUGGAACCUGCAGGAUAACAAGCAAAUGGAUGAAAUGAUAUUGGAACUGAAGGAGGAAGUGAGUAAAAGGAUACAAAAAAGCAUAGAGAAGGAGCUGAGAAAGAUCAAAACCAGAGCAGGCAAGAAGCUGCCAAGACCUCCGGAUGAACCUCUCAGACGAGAGUCAACACUCCAAACUGAGCAGAGGAGACUGCGAUUGCAAACUAUGCAUAAAAAGUCACACUUCAGUGACAAGAAUGGAAACCAGACUAGGCUAGAAGACACAUCAGACUUAUCUUUUGAUGUAGAUAAAGAUAUAGCACUUAGUGAAGCUUUUGAAGGCAGUAUUAGUAAACAAACAAGCGAGGAGGAAUACUGCCCAUGUGACUCUUGUGUGAGGAAACAAAUGGCUUCCAAACCCACAAGAAAUCCAGUGGUGGCCACCAAUGCCCCAGUCAUGAAAGCAUUUGAUUUACAGCAAAUCCUGAGGUUAAAGAAAAAUUAUAAUGAGGAAGCCUGUGUCUCAGAAGCAGCCCAAGACAACAAAACAACUCCCAGUAGUUCUGUGGAAGAAGCAACAGAAAAUGGCAAUCCAAAUGAGGAGAAUGAUGAGGGUGAAACAGAAGUGGAGGGCAAUGAAGAAAAGGAGCCAGAAUUAAAUGAACUGGACAGCUCAGUGUUGAAUGGAUGUGAAGGAUCUGAAAUAUCAGAAAAUCAAAACUGUGAGGUGGAGAAUGAAGUUAAAGAUGAAGAAACCAAUGAAGAAGAAAAGAAAGAAGCAGAAGUGGAGGAAGAAGCAGAAGAGAGAGAAGAAGAGGAAGCAAAAGAGGAGAAGGAAGAGGAAGAGGAAGAAGAAAUAAUGAAUGUAGAAGAAGAGGAGGAAACAAAAGAAGAGGAGGAGGGAGAAACAAACGAGAAAGAAGAUGAGGAAGUAAAAGAGGAAGGAGCAGAGGAAACAAUGGAGGAAGAGGAAAUAAAUGAGGAAAAAGAGAAGGAGGAGGAGGCAGGAGUGGAGGAGGAGGAAGAAGAAAUAAAAGAGGAGGAAGAGGAAGAA